GGAGGCUUAGCCUCGUAGGAGGAGUCGCCGCUUGGCCGCGGAGAACCGCUGACACACUGUGACCGCCGACAUUUACAGCUACUUCAGGUUAAACCGUAGUAAACGAGGCCAAUUAUCCGGGCUGUUUCCUUCAUGUACGGUGGCAUGAUUCACCCGUAGCCUGUCUUUAAUGACCUAGCAUUGCGCAUUUUCAGUCUGUGCAGUUCGUUUCUAACUUUGCUCAGCGCCUUCGUCAUCACUAACAGGUUGUUUUCGCUAGCCAUGCCUAGCCUGAGAGAAACUCUCCGGCCGAGACUUUGCGUUCUCGAAAAGGGGGACAACGGCUAUGGUUUCCAUUUGCACGGAGAGAAGGGGAAAACGGGGCAGUUUAUACGGCUCGUGGAGCCUGACUCUCCCGCCGAAAAGUCGGGUCUGCGCGCAGGGGACCGGCUAGUGUUCGUGAACGGAGAGAAUGUGGAGAGCGAGAGUCACCAGCAGGUCGUGUCGCGGAUCCGAGUGACCACGGGAAUCCUGGAGCUGGUAGUGGUGGACAUGGACACCGAGCAGCUGCUGCGAAAACACGACCUUAAGUGUCUGAGAGAGUACGUGACGGAGGGAAUCCCUAUAGCAGACUGGGAGCUGGAGAACGAGGCGGUGGAGAUGAACGGCAGCCCCAUCGAGUCCACACCAGAGCCUGUGAAAAACGGAGGAGUAAACCACAGUCCCGUGGAAGUCGGCUCCGAGAGUUCCGAGAAGAACUUUAUCAGUGAGCUGAGGCCACGACUAUGUGUGAUCCAGAAAGGCUCUAGUGGCUACGGCUUCAACUUACACAGCGAGAAAACCAGACCAGGCCAGUACAUUAGAGCCGUAGAUGAAGACUCGCCAGCCGAAAGAGCCGGCCUGAGACCCAAAGACCGGAUAGUACAGGUAAAUGGUGUGUCAGUGGAAGGAAAGCUGCACUCGGAGGUGGUGGCUGCCAUUAAGGCUGGAGGUGAUAAGACAACAUUACUGGUGGUGGAUCCAGACACAGAUGCAUUCUUUAGGAAGUGCGAGGUGAUGCCAACAGCAGAGCACAUUUCAGGACCCCUGCCUGAGCCAGUUUUCAGCAGCAACAUGGAGGAGAAGGUUAAUGGAAAAGAAGACAAAGAGGUUGAGCUGAAGGAGUCCAAGGUGUCAGUCAGCCCAUCACCAUCAAAUGCCUCUUCUAAUACAUCACUCACAAUUCCACCUGCUAGCACACCACCGUCUGAGUUUCAGGCAAUGGAGACGUCCAUCAUGGAUGCCAUCCCUGCCCUGAACCUUUCCCUCCAGCAGGUGAAAGAGCGGGCCCACCAGAAACGCUCCAAUAAGAGGGCCCCCCCAAUGGACUGGAACAAGAAACAUGAACUGUUCAGUAAAAUGUAAUCUUCCCACAUGUUUACUUGUGUAACUUGGAUACCACUUAAAGCACAAGAACAGUUUUUCUGUCCUACUGUUUUUUUAUAUGACACGCUUUAAACCAGAUUGUAACUAGAGAAUAUUGAAUAUUUUAAAUGGUUAUUAAAUAAAUACUAUAUAUACAUACAUUUUAUAUGUCGACCUCAUGUAAUUGAAGUACUAACACAAAUUAGAUGAUGAGUAAUUAGAUAGUUGUAACAUUAAAAAUGUAGAACUCAUCAAACCUAAUCUGUUAUACACUGAAUCCUACAUAAAUGCUUUUUUUCCUUUUGGUCCAGUUUGAUAAUCUGAAAAGGCCUGAUCAUUUUAGCCCAUCUGGGCUUAUGUGCCUGUGUGUGUGUGUGUGUGUGUGUGUGUGUGUGUGUGUGUGUGUGGCGUCAAGAACAUCCACACUGGCCCUGCUGGUCAGAGAGCUUGAUAGCUGUUGUCCAUUUUAUUUAAGCAGAAAUACAAGUUCUGCAACCACUGUUAAGCUUUACCCAUGUCUGUGGCUGAAAAACUCAGUCUUUCCAACAGUAUUCUUUACAGUUGAUCUGCAUAAGGGAACCACACUGAUUGCCAUCCACUCUGACUUCCAAGCAGGCCACUGAGGUGUUGCCACGGUAUCAUUGUUAUAAAUCGUUUUCUGUGUCUUUCCAUGAAGUUUUGAUUUUUUUUUUUAUUAAUUACUGAGAUAUUCUGAUUACUUAGUUUAUUUACAUGACCUAUGUUCUAAUUAUCAUGUCUUAAAACUUAUAUUAUCUAGUUCAGUAUUGAUUAAUUGCAGUGUUUAAUACUUGCUUAGGGGCACUAUGUUUGCAGCAUAUUUGGUGUAAUUUCUGUUUAAAUGCACCUAUGUGGAAAGUUAUUUCUUACUACAAUAAAAUUAUUGAUCAGAAA